AUGUCAGCCUCGCUUCUUUCGCCCUUCGAAUGCCUACUCGCUGGCGUAAAGCAGCCAAUCUCAGUGAACAUCCGGUUGUACCACCCGGCCUACUCCCCCGCCUUUCCUACCACCUACCUUCACUCCUUCCUUCCUCUAGUGUCCAAGCUCUCUUUACGACGCGUAUCCCCAAUAACGAAAGCCUGGGUCGACUCUGCGGAUCCUUCGGUCUUCUCAAACCUCAGUCUCCUUUUUCCCCUCAACAUCUUCUCGACCGAAGAACUGUCAGCCCUCCACAACAUCUCCCCACAAUGUGAACACCUCACCGUCACCGUGGCGCAAUAUACUCCGGUACCCAGACGUAACGACGUUACCCCCCUGCCAUCUUUCCCCCGCUUGGAACACCUCGACCUCACCGCCCCGGAUGAUGACCCUUUUCAGGGUCUCCUCUCCUUCCGCCUCGCGCUCCAAUGUGCACACAUACCGCUCCUCACCCGCCUCACAAUCAACAACCUCUCUUUCUCCGGCAUCCAAGCCCUCCGCUGGGGCAGCUUCACCUCCUUCGGCGAUGCCGGCUGGACGGGCAAGAACGUGUGGCACGGGUUGAAAGAGCUCGAUGUCAAAGUCGUGCGCCGGCACGACGACAAGACGCAUGAGAAAGAGCACCACUUCAACCACGAAGCAGCACAGUGGGACACGGAGCCCGUCAAGGCCCGAAGACGCGUCGAAGAAGAUUGGCGCACCUGCACCCGGGUGCUGCACGAUUGGCUCCACUCCUUCGCCGCUGACGGACAGCUGCACACGUUCAGGUUCGAAUGGGUCGACGGCGAAGGACCGAAUCCUUUCCUCCUGGAUGAAUAUGCCUCCGUUGAGGGGAAGAAGGAGUGGUUCAGCGCGCCUCGCAUUCGCUGGACUGGGCUCAGAGAGCUGUGGCUUGGGAACAUGAUCGUUUCGUUGAUGGAUGUACGGCUGAUGAAGGAGAGAAUGCGCGGGUUGGAAAGGCUCGUGGUGCGGUCUGAAUGUCUGAAUCACGGCCUUGAGGGCAUAACAUUUGCCGCGGAUGGGAAGAUGUGGGUCGAACUCCUCGUGGAAGGUCACCGCAUGGGAUUGUGGUCGGAAGUGAAGCACGGUCUCUCGUCGGCAGGAGCGAGGGGGGUUGUUACAGGGAGAGUCUGUUGUCCGAGGAUAGAGCGUCGAUGGUGCUGCCUUUCAUGCUGGAUGUUUCGCCGGAAGAUGAGACGUGUUUGGGAUUAG